UACUUUACUAGUCAUCCGAUAUCCGCCGUUUAAGUUAUUUGCAACAAAACGCUUACACUGUAUAAUCUUGCAUGUUCGUAUAUUGCAUGUGACGGAUAACUUUUCAAUUCAGUAUUAGAUCGAGUAUCAUGGCCGGACGUCUUUUGUGGCUCUGUGUAUUAAUGUUAGACAUUUGGGUGAACGGACAGCCUUUAAACUGGAAUAGACGGCCUUCGGACUACCCCCGUACAGUCAAUUUAUCUCAGCUCGAGCCCUGCUUUAAUUCUAUAGCUGCAAUGAAUGUGAACAACGGAGAAGGAAACUAUGUUUAUAGCUUGGUGGAUCAGAAACCUGACGGAAAGUUUUAUCAAAAAGAUCCUAGUCGUUAUAGAGUAUAUUGUAAUGAGUCCGCCCUCAGAUCCAACGGCCAUUCGAUUUAUAUCCUGAACGUCAGUGUAACAGAUGGCGUAACCUAUCUGAAUGACAACUUUAACGUGACUGUUAUUGGUUUUACUAGCACAACGCAACCUAUAGUCUCCACCACCGGUGCAAAAACGCUACCUACCGGCGUCCAAUCGAAUUCUUCGUUGACGGUAACAUCAACAGACGGUCGGACAAACAGUUCACAAUGGAGCAGCUACGUCUCCGUACCAAUGAGUGCCAAAACUAGCACAACGGAAUCAGAAGUCACCACCACCGGCUCAAUAACGGUAACUGGCGGCGUCUUGCAGGAAUAUGGGGUCAACACGACGUAUUUAUAUACGGAAAUGACAACAGACGGUGGUUUACACGGAUCGAAAUUUAGCAGCUCAGUUACCCUACCAAUAACUUUCAAAUCUAAGUCCUCUUCAACGGAUGUUGGCCUAAUUGUCGGAAUCGUGGUCGGCGUGGUGGGUCUCACCCUUAUAGCAAUCGCGAUUUACGUCGUUUGGAAGAAACGUGGCAAAAAGAAAAUCCAAAUAUCUGCCACAACUGGUCCGAAACACAGUGUUGAAUUCACAAAUUUCGAGUAUAAGCACCUUGAUCGCGAUGGGGGUUACAUCGGAGCUGGAGGUGAUGUCCGUGUUUCAAUUGGUGGCUCUCCCUCCACGGCUGGAGACUCAAAAGUGCCAGUGAACGAAUAAGUUAUUGAGGAGGCUAUUUCUGCACACCACGCUACAACAACGGGUGAUAAUAUAGACAACCCCGCAUGCAGUGAAUACGUUGACAAAGCCAGUGAUGAUUAAAACAUUCUAACUCUUUGAAAUCUUGAACUUGUAAUCUGAUAGUGAUUUUGAAGAAGCGAUUUUUUCCUUCUUAGGAAAUGGCCAUUUCUCAAAAUGUUGAGAUGUUUUCGUCUAAAAAAAAUUUCACAUUUAUGAGAACUUUGUGACUGAAAUUUUGAAGAGCUUGCAGCUGAUUAUUUUACAAUUUUAAAAAGUUUGCGACUUAAAUUUUCAUAAUUUUGAGAAAUUUGUUACUGAAGCUUUCACAGUUUUGAGAAGUUUGCGACUGAAAUUAAAAAAAAAAUUAGCACCACUUUUUUUGCAAGUUGUGCAGCCAAACGCAACUUCACAAAGACGGUGGAAAAAACUGUGAAUAAGAAUAAUAGACUGCAGUUUGAAGAGAAUAACUGAAUGAACUAAUGACUUUGUAAACUAAGGAUUGUAUUGGAUGACAGUGUCAAAUUUUGUUUUUUUGUAAACAAAAUGAUGGAAGAAUUUAAGGGACUCGCACAUACUAAGGUGAAAAGGAACGCCGAACUCUGACAGCGUAGGUUUAAGUAAGCUAAGUAAUGUAAAACACAUUAAUGAUGAAGUCAAAUAAAAAUGAACUAAAAUGUCUUGCAAGGGUAAAAUCUCAAUAUUAAUGUUAAUUUCAAACUCCAUUUUAAAGGAAGUUUGUUUAAUGUUUGUAUAAGCAGACAAAGGCAUCUGACGAACAUAGGAUGCAUUUCUCGGUGUCUUGUUGAUCCACUACAGCAACAGCAACAGCAACAAUAAUUCUUAGUGCUUUUGCAUAGACCAUUCCAUGACGGUGACUCCAGUUUUGUUCAUGUUUCUGCGUUUGUGUACAUUUGUGUCAUGUCUUGUGCACUUGUUUUGUGCCUCGCUCUUUGGUAAUUGGUUCAUUGCAAUAAGUAACCCAUUUAUGCCAAGUGGACUCUCCCAUCCUUCUUACUUGGAUUAAUUUAUUGCCAAAAUUAGGGAUGUCUAGUAUAUUUAUUUCUAUAUUUAGAAUAUUUCUUACAGAAAUUCAUGUACGCAUCAUGCGGCGUCUCAUCUUGGUCUACGCUGCUUGUCAAGGCCUUUUUCUAGACGCUAGGCAUACAUGGGUUAAAGGACCGUUUUGUUUAAGAGUCUUUUCUCCUGCUGGUGCAUGGGUAUUCGACUGAGACCGGGACACAAAACGAUUAAUGAUUGUUUAGACCCGUUAUUCAUUAUGAAUAGUCUUAUUUGAACUUGCAUUCAGUUGUGAGUCCGUAUAAUUAUUUUAUCGUCCUUCUUAUUCUCAGCACAACCCUUAAUUUGUAAGCCGAGAAAUAAGAUAGCUGAGAUCGAGCUUCGCUAGCCGUAUUUGUCAUAAGGCUCAUUUUCGCGUGACGCGGGUCAUAUUAUGUAUUUUAGUGUAUGGCUUACUGUUACUCAUUCAAAAAUGAGCAUCCAUGCCUAAUCAAGUUAUACAUACAGUUUUAGUUCAUCUUAUUAAUGUUGUAUGUGAUGCUUCGUAAUAUUUUAGGCUUUAAAUAAUUCCAGACAAAUCUAUCCGCCAUAAAUUCUUGAAAACAUGAAAAUCUACCGUCAAAGUCUGAUGCAUCUUAUGUAUUUCGCAAAAAAAAAAACUGUGAUCAUGUUGUCUCUGAUGAUUAUAUGUUUAGGUUCGAAACAAAUAAAUUAUCAAACUAGUAAAUUAAUUGAAUACAACUGAAUCCUCCGCCCAGUCAAAGUAUAUAUGUGUUGCUCUCACAAUGACUUUGAUUUAUUUAAGUUUUCAUCUUACCAUAUAUUAUUAGUAUGGCCAUACAUUGUGAGCACUCAAUGACACGUAAAUGCAAAGUGAAAGAUUGCAAAAAAGAAUACCAAAUCCACUAUUAAUUCCAUUUGUCGUACAAAACGGUAGGUACUUCUAGAAAUGUUGAAGCUUUCGACGUUUUAAGUUGUAACAAAUACUUUCGAUUGUUCGCCUAAAUGUUCAUCCUGUUGUUUUCGUUGUCUGCUGUAUGUCCGUGGGUUGUGAACUUUUGACAUCGUUUGUUUACCCCCCCCCCCCCCAAUGCGUCUUCUUCUGACAUUGAAGCUUUCGUGUCACUAACAGUGAUAUAGUACACGCUUAUUCCAAAGAGACCAGCGUCCUUAAUACAUAUAAAUGCUCGAUAACUCUAAAACUUAUGCCAUGCAGUAUUACUAAGCAACCAUUUAAUUUAUUCUUUGACAACAAAUAAUUGUACCACCUCGAGAAAAAUGAUAUAUUACUGUACAUCUAACUAAAUGUAUGUAACUUCUAUAUCGAUUUCAAUCUUUUAUGUGUCUAUGUGUAUUUUGAAAUAUUAUUCCUAUUUACCCAGCCAUUAAAUAAAUGCUCUUACAUAGUCCAA